GCCUUGGAUCCUUUGUGAGAGGCUACCCAGGCUGUCCCUCAUAUAUCCUUAUUCUCUUCAUUCUAUCUGUUUUUGGCAGUCCCAAGACAUGUCCUGCUACACCCAGUGUGUGCCAUGCCGGCCCUGCGGCCCGACCCCUCUGGCCAGCAGCUGCAAUGAGCCCUGUGUCAGGCAGUGCCAGAACUCCAACGUCGUCAUUGAGCCCUCUCCCGUGGUGGUGACCCUGCCCGGACCCAUCCUCAGCUCCUUCCCGCAGAACACCGUCGUGGGCUCCUCCACCUCCGCUGCUGUUGGCAGCAUCCUCAGCUCUGAGGGUGUGCCCAUCAGGUCGGGGGGCUUGGACUUGUCCGGCUUGGGCAGCCGCUACUGUGGCAGAAGGUACCCGCCCUGCUAAAGCCGCUGGCCGUGGUCCUGCAGAAAUUCUUCCAUAAGCCACGAACAUGAUGCUGGAUCACCUAACCACGCUUAGCUACCCUAGGAAAUGCUGAGAGCAGGAGGCAAUCCCGUGCUUUCUGAAAACAUAGCUCGCCUCUCUCUUUCUUUUCCUCUACCACCAUUUCCUUCCCACUCUGCCCCCUCACAGUCCCCUUUUUUUUCCUUCUCCUCCUAUGAGCAAUGAAGCUCCUCAGAACCAGUGUGUUCCCUGCUACAAGGAAGACAUUCGCCCUGUAUAAGCUCAAACAAGGGACCGGAUGAAUGUACUGUGGAGCCUCUUCUCAGUGUGACCUCAUUUUCCUCUGUCAACAUUCAUUAAAGAUUUCUGCAUCAUAUUGUAGUUUUGA